AUGGCCUUAAAGAUUGUGGAGCCCUUAGACAAAGUUGAGGAUGAGGCCUUAGAGGGGGAUGAUAUUUGGGAGAAAAUAAAAGUGAAGUUAGCAAAUCCCUACAUUGAAAAGGCUAUCUAUUGUGCAGUCUUGCUUCUGGUUAUCAUCGCUGUGCUGCUUAUCAUUCUGUAUAUGAAGAAAAUGGAAGGCAUCACGGAAAAAUAUAGAGCAGCAACAAGAAUUCAUCAAUUUAUGCAAGAUUACAAUGCCACCUUCAAAGGGAAGACCCCAACUGAAACAUUUAAGGGGGUUGAAGAAAUCAUAAAAGAGCUGAAAAAUCGGUACGCAAGAAUCGCUGAGGUGCAAAAGUCAAUCGAUGAUAUCACUGACAAGCUUGAAGACAGUUGGAUACCAUUCAGAGGCUACAUCUAUAGGUUUUUUAAGGAAAGGGGGAAUUUUUAUCAUGCCAAGGACUUCUGCACAAAAAACAAUUGGGAGAUGGUUGAAGUUCACUCUAAAGAGGAGGAGAGCUUUGUUUUCGAUGAAAUCUUCAGAUUUCAGCAUUCCGUCUUUUUUGGAAUUCAGAAAAUGAAUCAUAAGUGGACGUGGUUGAGUGGCCGUGAACUUGGAAUACAAAUCAAUUGGGCUAAUAAUUUUCAAAAGCAUACCGACAAUCCUGGACCAGUCUGCUUAGAUGCUGAAGUAUGCAUUAGCAGGCCAAAUUGCUGGAAUGCUGUUGACUGCGAUUAUUAUAAAUCAGUUUUUUGUAGGAUGAGACCUGAUGCACGAUGGCUUCAAUAAAAUUGUAAAAGUGA